ACGAGAAACAAACGUAGUUGAGACAAGACAACGUAUUUUGCGUGAGAGUGUAGGUUUUUGCUUUGAUUUUUUACGACGACGUUUCUUCUUUAGAUUUUCCGUGUGCCUGCGUGCGUGUGUGUGUGUGUUUGUGUAGAAGAGCUAGGCUCUUAUUUUUUUGGGUGUUUUGUAUACACGGACACGGUUGUACUACUUACCGUACUAUCUAUCUGAGAUUCCGUUGCCGUUGCCGCCGCCGUCGCCGCUGUCGACAGAGCCACAAGGCAGAGCAGUGUUCAGAGAGUAUCUGCCGUUGCGAAAAGAAAACAAACAAACAAAUCCAAUCAAACAAUCGUUGAAUAAUAAUCACACAUCGCUCGCUCGCUGACUCUUCUUCAUAUUGUUGUUGUCGCCGUCUUCUUCUUGGUCGUUGUCGUAGUCGUCGUCGUCGUUGUCGUUGUCGUUGUCAUUCUCCUGGUCGUAGCCCUAGAAGUUGUCGUAAGAAAUCUACAAAUCUUAAAAUCAGUGCGUUAUCAUCGCCCAGCAUAUCACACAAAACAAAAAUUGUUUAACGCUUUAACCACACUCACCACUCACUCACUCAAGUUACUCGCUCACUCACAACUCUCACAGUGAUGUCGAUGUUGUUGAUGACCACGAUGAUGUUGAAGAUGAUGAUGGUGAUGGUGAUUAGAAUCUAACAUCAAGAUUUAAUAAAACACAUCAACAAAUUAAAUUCAAAAAGAAAAUACCCACUAAUAACCGGUGUAAUCGUAAACCUGUCAAAGUGCACAAAAAUAAAUGAAAAUAUUUGCAUAAUAAAUUAAACGCAAAACCGCAGCCGAAAACGAAAAAAUUUAUUGAAUAAAUUCAAAAUAAUAAUUUAAACUAUUUCGUUGGAAGAAGAAGAUUAAGUGCCGUGAGAACCAAAAUAAAGGAAUUUUGGGAGUGAAUAUUUUAACAAGAAUUAAACAUAAAUUAAUAAAAAAAAAACAAAACAUCAAUGAAAAGUUAAAAAUGCCUAAAUCACAUUUUUACAGAAACAAGUGUAGCACAACACAUAAAUUUCAAAUGUUAAGCUCUUAAGCUUAUAGUUUAUAACACAACAACAACAACAAAAUGAACAGUAAAUGUACGAAAAUAAAUAUAAGUAAUAAAUAAACAAGAAUUAAAACCACAAAGAAAAAAAUCAUCGCAAAACAAGUUCGUAACGGAAAAUACCAUUAAAAGGCAACUUUAAACAAAAAACUCUACAUUUUGCUUAAUUUGCAAGAAAACAAAAAAAAACAGCAAUAAAUUGCUAAGAACUCCUUUUCCUAACGACCAUAGUUGUUCAAUAAAAAGCAUCAAAAUUAUACUCGACAUGGAUAUGACCUCUACAGCCGAAGCUGCUGCGCGCAGCUGGUAUGAUAAUCCACGCCUGGUGUGCGGUGGUUCACCACAAACCAAUGGUCUGGGCUCCUCGGCAUCGGGUCUGGGCCAUCAUGGUUUGUCGGCGGGCUUGGGCUCCACAGCCGGAGGCAGCAUGGGCUUAGGCGGUAGCGGCAGUGCCGGUGCCACCAGUGGCCUGGGCUUGGACACCAGCGAUAUGGGCGCCUUCUAUGCAUUGGAAAGUAAUGGACAUCACCGCAGAUAUUAUCCCAGCUAUCAUCAACAUGCAUCCCGUAUGCCCUCCUCACAUACAUCACCGCAAAUGUGUCGGCCUCACUUUCAUACGCCUCUGAGUUCAUGGCUUACCAGCGAACAUAAAUCAUUUGCACCCGCCAGUCCAUGGGGCAGCCCGUUUGCAUGCCCCCAGGAGCCCCAAAUGGAUCACAAACUGAGUCAGGUGGGGCAAACGCAUCAGACCACAACGACGGGUCAGCAUUCAUUUCCAUUUCCUCCCACACCGCCAAAGGAUUCAACGCCCGAUUCAGUACAAACCGGUCCAUCCGAAUAUCAGGCUGUGGUUAAUGCCUUCAUGCAUCAGGCCCAAGUGACGGGCAGCGGUUCACUGCCGGAUACCAGUUGUGCGCUGGAUAUAAAACCCACCAUACAGAAUGGCAGCUCCUCAGCCCUGCAUAAUGGCGUGGGAGGUGGUGCGGGUUCGGGUGGACAGUCGUCGGUACCUAAACAGCGUGAAGGUACUUCAAAUGCCACAAAUAAUAACAGUAAUAACAGCAACAACAACAACAACAACAACAAUAGUACAACAAAUAGCAAUAGCACAAAUCACAAUCAGGCGCAUAAUUCCGCAUCGUCCUCCUCAAGGUCAUCGGCCUCAUCGCACAGCAAUAAUAAUAACAAUAAUGUCAACUCUGCCACCAGCAACAACACAGCCAGCAGUAGUAACAAUAACAACAACAACAACGGCAGCAGUAGCAAUAGCAACCACAACACCUCCUCCCAUCACUCUCACUCGAGUGGGAGUGCCUCGCAUAAUGCACUGCUCAAUGGUCUGGGAAAUGCGGCGGGCAGCAUAUUCGAUGGCACUGCCCAAGCUUCGUAUGGCAAUUUAAGCGGUUCGAUGGGUCUGAGCAAUGGUGGCGUUGGCAAUGCGGCAGCCAAUAGUUAUGAUGGCAGCUAUGCCUCCUAUGCGGCUCAUCAUCAUCAGCAACAGGUGGCCGCUGCUGCGGCAGCGGGUAUGUUUCAAAGCUCCUCAAUGGCAGCGGCUGCUGCUGCCCGUCAUCAUCAUCAUAGCCAUGGUCAUGGUCAUAUGCAUCACCAUGGCGGCAGUGGGGGCAUGGGCGGCUCUUCGGGUGUGGGUUCAUCGGUGGGAUCGUCAGCCGGUAGCAUGGUUGGUGUGGGUGGCAGUAGUCAUGGCAUGGCCGGUGGCCUUUUGGGUAAUGUCAACAGUUCGGCUGGCGGUGGAGGAGGAGGCGGUGGCAAUGGCGUCGAUGUUAAGCCGGCGCGCACAAAACCCAGGACUAGUGCUGAAGGACGUGAGUGCGUUAACUGCGGUGCAACCUCAACGCCACUGUGGCGACGUGAUGGUACCGGUCACUAUUUAUGCAAUGCCUGUGGUUUAUACUAUAAAAUGAAUGGCCAAAACCGACCACUAAUUAAGCCAAAACGAAGACUGACGCUGCAGUCCUUACAAAGUGCGGCCAAACGAGCGGGGACCUCAUGUGCCAAUUGCAAAACCACAACAACAACCCUUUGGCGGCGGAAUGCCAGCGGUGAACCAGUGUGUAACGCCUGCGGACUUUAUUAUAAAUUGCACAAUGUUAACCGCCCUCUAACCAUGAAAAAGGAAGGCAUUCAAACCCGCAAUCGUAAAUUAUCCUCCAAAUCGAAAAAGAAGAAGGGUCUCGGUGGCGGUUGUAUGCCCUUGGGUGGCCAUCUGGGCAUGGGAGAUUUCAAGCCUUUGGAUCCCUCGAAAGGUUUUGGCGGAGGAUUCUCAGCGUCAAUGGCUCAACAUUCCCAUCUUUCCAGUGGUUUACAUCCAGCUCAUGCGCAUAUGCAUGGCGGUUGGUAUACAGGCGGCAUGGGAGCUUUGGGUGCUUCCAGCGGUCUGCAAGGUGGCUUCUCAACGGCUGGUUCAUUGGGUGGUGGUGUAGUGCCACACUCGCAGCCCUAUCAUUUGGGUUUGGGUUCAAUGGGCACUUGGCGUACAGACUAUACGUGAUGGAGCGGCAACAAUAUAAAUGGCAAUCUAUUCAAUUGAAGUUAGCCAUAACGAUGGAAAUGCGAGAUACCCUCCUCCCCCAAACAACCACAAGAAUGUAACAGAAAGACAAAAAUCAAAAUUAUUGCAAAACUUUUUUUUUUUUUUUUUUUGAAAACCCCAAAACUAUCCAAAAAUCAACACCAAGUGUUAAGAGCUCUCCGCCGUUGAAGAAAAAUGAAAAAAGUUCCUAAAACUAAAAAAGUCCUUAUCGCAAAAAAGAAAUGAGAAUAAAACGCAACCAGUGGCAGUGUUUACAAACCAGCAUAGGAUUAAGAUGCCAUCCUCAAAAGCGAUCUGUCUCUGUGGCAUCUCUUGAUAAUGACCUUAAAGGAGAAAAGUAUAUUUGCACAAAAAAAGGCUGCUGAUGUUCUUCUAUAUUUGCAAUGAUCACAAAUCCCUGACUAAUGAUGCCUAUGUGGUUGAUUAAGCGAACUUAUGCUGAAGUUGAACCAAAGGAUUUUACUAGGAUUUAUGUAAGGAAUCUAGCAUUGUUUAUAAAGCCUUGGUCAUGGCGCCAGCAUUAAUUCCUUCGACUACCAUUGAAUAUCCUCUGGCUUAGAGGUUUAAAGGGCAAUUAUUGUUGUUGUAAACCUUUAGAGCAAACCAAACGAUCCAUGCUUAUGUUUACACAGUCCUUGGCAUCCUUGGAGAGCGUUGUUAAGCCAUUUACAUAUUUAUAAGCCUGGUGGAUUAAUCCUUCCUGUUUUUUUCGCCCCUAAAACCAAACAAAAAACAGAAAUGAGAAAUAAAUGGAAACAAAUUCAUUUUUGUUGUAAUUCAUAAGAACCUUAAAUGAAAGUAUUUAUUCUAAGUAUGUUAUGUUAACAUUGCGUGCAAUUUAUUAAUUUAUUUAAUGUGUUUCCUCCUACAUUUUACAACUACUGAUACUACUUCCCCUCAGCCCCACCAUUUUGCAUAUAGCGUUCUACUAGACUUUGUUAACAUUAUGAUUUAGUAAUUCCAUUAUCCUUUUUUUUUUGUAAGAAAUAUCGUUUCAAAACUAAUUUGUAUACCCUAAGGAAAUAAAGCAAAAAUCUAAAAUUGUAAAUAAGACUUAAUUGCAUAUGAUUUUGUAAAAACAACAGACUUGAAUUUAUUUUGAAUCGGUUUUUACACUCAAAAAAAAAAAAAAAAACAAUACGUCCAUAUAAACGCAGUUCUAGAAACAGGCCACGAAUUUCGUAUUGAAAAUAAAAAUUUUAAAUUUACAAACUAAAAAUAUCUGCAAGGUGAUAUUUGCUAAAAAACAAAAAAAAAAAAUUUAAAAUAAAAAAAAAUCCCCCUGAAUAUAAAAUAAAAUUUUAACAUUGUAAAUAUUUUAAAGAAAUUAACUAAGCUAAGAUCAUUAAGCACACCUACCCAUAUUAAACUCUAGCAUCCUUAAAUAAUUUUCUUAAAAUUUUUGUUUUUUCUUUUUUAGUAAUUGUUUUAUUUGUUUUUUAAGUUAAACACUCCUUAGAAGCCAAAACAUUAGGAUAAAAAGGAGUUUAGUCGUUACAUCCAAAUGAAAAUUAAAUAAAAAAAAAUUGUUGCAACUUUAGAGGUCAUCCCACCCUAGGUUUGUAAAUAUUUUUAAAGAUAAAGAAGUAAAAAAAAAAAUCAAAAAUUUCCAUCAUAUUUGUAUUUAAAUCAUAAUUUCCCCCCACUGAUAAUCUUCUCUAUGUUCACUUCAAAAAAAUCAUUUGUAUAUAGAUAUGUAAUUAUUGAUAAAUUUAUAUAUAGAAACACAAAACAUAGGUAUACAUAAAUCAAAUUGUUGUAAUUGUAAUAUUAUACAUCCACAUACAUAUAUACAUCAUAUAUAUAUAUAUACCCAAAAAAGAAAAAAAAAAACAAAAAUCUAAUGCUCCCUUUCCUACCAAAAAACCACUCUAGAGUAUAACCCCAGCCUCUCCUCCAUUCCCCCUCCCCCCCCCAUUCUAUACUAAAUAUACCUUUAUAUAUAUAUAAAAAAAAAUAAAUUAAUUACAAUUAUAUUGUAUUGUAUUAUUCUAAAUGUAAUUUGCCAUAUUUAUAGUUGAUUAGCCGGUAAUAAUUAAGACAAUUAAACAAAAAGAAAACAAACAAAAUACAC